ACGUGAUCCUGGCCACGCCCCCUCCGCCUCUUCGGGUACCGCAGAAACAACAAGCCCGGAGGAAGAAGGAGAGAAGCGGCGGCCGGGCGGAUGGCGGAGGCGGUCAAGCCCCGCAGCCGGAGCAAAACCGGCCGGGUCAGAGCGAAGGAAAAAAAGAAGAAUGAAGAGAAAGAGAGCGAGACAACCGAACCGUCUUUGCGCAAAAAGAUUGACAAAGAAGCUUUGCGGGAGAACAGCACGCCUAAAGAACUUGUUUCAGAAUCCAGGGCCUGCCCUCAAACCACCCGGAAGGAAACCGGGAACAAGGACCCCAAAUUGCCACUGAGCGUGCUCACUCCUGAAAACGAAGGUCCCCCAGCAACUCCCCAAACCCAACCUCCCUUGGAUGCAAAAAAUUUGCAGGCGGAGAAAGACGCAGCAACGGUGGACAGGCGGGAUCUCGAGGAAGGAGCGGUUAAGGACAAGAGGACUUGUGACUCGUCGAAAAAAAACAUUCCACCCAUGGAAAGUGCACCCCAUAGUAGCCCUGUGGAACAUCCAGCUGCUCCUACCUCCGAAAAAGUCCAUGCCCUCGUCUCUGUUCCUCAAACGGAAGUGAAAACACACGUGGAGACCCCCGUCUUUAAAAAGCUGUACCCCGAACUCUCGCCGUUGUUAUCUGAAGGACUGCCGGAUUUUACCUUCCGGCUGCCGCAUCGUACGGAGAGAUUGUAUCCUGAACUUCCAGUCGAUCCCGAAGCGAUUCCUUUUACCAAAGAGCAGCUGAAGGUUUUCGAGCCCUGUUCCUGGCUGGGGAACGUCGAGGCUUACGUGGAGGAAUUUGGCAGCAGGGCCUACCAAGACCGACACGAGUUUUAUGAGCUGGUGUUGAAUUACUGCCGAUGUCGGAAACAGUUGUUGCUAGCUGAAGCCAAAUUGCAAAGCCUUUACCUGGAUUGCGAAAGUGUCAAAGAGCGCCUGUGGACUUUCACGGAUAAGCAGCAGAGUGCCCAGGGUGUCUGUGCCGAUCAGUGCAAAGUCUCCGGCUUUCACCGAUACCAGACGGUUGAGGUGAACGAAGGCGCUUUGGGGGAAUUGAAGAGGCUCUUCGAAGCCCAGACUGAACACCUGCACCAGAUCCUCGCUCUGCACUUGUACACCUCGGUGUUGUCCCGCUUGCAAGUCGAGUCUUACCUCUACAACCUGCUGAGGGGCUGUCCCUUGCUAAGGUCGGUGGGACUUCAGCAGCAGGAGUCCGCAGCUCUGAAGACAGCGGAAUCCCCUUCCUCAGAUUUGGGGUCCUUGAAAGACUGCAUCAGCGUCCUCUUCAGUUUCACCCGUCGAGUCACUGAAGAUCCACAGUUCCAGAGUGAUGUUCUCUUGUGGCUUCGGAGGCUGGUCUCCAUCUUGCAAAGGGUUGCUUCUCCAGGAGACCACCUUUUCCUCUUAAACCACAUCCUUCGGUGUCCAGCCGGUGUCAGCAAAUGGGCUGCUCCCUUUGUUCAGAUCCAGAUUCUGGGCAAUCCAUCAGGUGUCUUUCACUUCAUGCAGGCCCUCGCUUUGCUCAUGUCUCCUGCCAAAAAUCGAGCUGAAUUUAUGUGCCACAUGAAGCCGAGCGAACGAAGGCCUUCGUCCCCAGGGGCGGAAUCUGGAAACUGGACUUUAGUGGACGAAGGUGGAGAAGAGGAUGAAGAUCCCGAAACUAGCUGGGUUCUUCUUCUGGAAGAUGAUCUGGUGGCCCUUUUAUCUCAGUUCCCCUUCCACGAACUUUUCCAGCACAUGCUUGGCUUCGAUGUUGAAGGCAGCUACGUCUCUGAGAAAACAACUUCCCAAGAGAUGAUGAAGAUCCUUACCUUCGCCAAUUCUGUCGUGGAUCUCCUUGCUGUGGGCCUGGAAACCUUCAACCGAGCCCGUUACAGGCAGUUUGUGAAACGGAUCGGCCAUCUCAUCAGGAUGACCCUGUGCUACGUGAGUGAUCACUGGGCCCAGUUUGUCAGCCGGGCCAAGGAGAGUGGCUCCAUGAUGCAGCCGUAUUCCUUGAAGAAGCUGCAAGUGGAAUUUGAUGAGUUUUUCCUGAGGGCUGUACUCCAUGUCCUGAAAGCAAAAAGACUAGGAGUCUGGCUGUUCAUGUCUGAGAUGCCUUACGGUACAGUGUCCAGCGACAUGCUCUGGAAGCUCUUCUCCAUCAUGCACUGCGACGAAAGCCAAGAGCUGGAGAAGUUCAGUUCCGCCAUCCAGCUGGCUGAAUGCAAGCAGAAACUCAAAGAUCCGGCCAACCUGGAGACUUUUGAGCGCUACUUACAAUCAAUGAACAGUUCCGAGGAGAUCUGCCUGCUGACCACCUUCGCCCAGAUGGCCCAGACCAAACGGGAGGACGUUGACGAGGACUUCGUAAAAGUGGUGGUGCUGGAGAUCUAUGAGGUAUCUUACGUCAGCCUUUCCACCAGAGAAACUUUUUCAAAAGUUGGCCGAGAGCUCCUGGCUGCUAUCACUGCUAUCCAUACAAAUAUGAUUUCUGUCCUGCUGGAUCGAGUCAGGGAGACCAUUGAAAGUGUCGGCAUGGUUACUCUUUAUUUGUUUAAAGAACUGCCGAUGCUUCUCUGGAAACCGUCCCCUUCCGAGGUCGCCUUGAUCCGCGACUGGCUUCUGAAUUACAGUCUGACAGAAGUCGAAAAUAAACUGGCUUGCAUUAUCCUGGAAGAGAUGAACUGGGGCCCCGGCGACCAACACGGUCACCUUCACAUCAGCCCAGCUGUCCAUGCGGAGGUUGCGCUGAUGAUCUUGGAAGCUUAUCAGAAGUAUCUCUCCCAGAAGCCGUACAGUGGACUCCUCUCAGAGAGCUUCAAACAGGUCUCCUAUCUGGCCAGCAUUGUCCGUUAUGGCGAGACCGCAGAAAGCUCCUUUAAUCAGUGGGCCUGGGGGAUGAUUUUGAGAUUAAAGCUGCACAUGAAUGAUUACGGCGUGCAGGGACACUGGGCUCCAGCACCCAUACCUGACUUGACAGAUUCGCCCACCUUUCACCCGCUGCUGAAGGCGGUCAGAUCUAGCCUCCCAAUUGGCUGCUACCUUGCCUUGGCUAUGUCCGCUGUUGGCCACAGCAUCGAGAAGUUCUGUGCCGAAGGGAUCCCUUAUUUGGGCAUUCUAGUACAAGCGCGACAUUUGAGAACCGUCGUUCACGUCCUGGAUAAAGUGUUGCUCCUGUUCUACCCGUGCCAUUAUUACCUUCUCAAGAAUGAAAAGUUUCUCUCCUUCUUCCACCAGUUCCUUCAGCUGGACAGUGGCGUUCCUCAAGGGAUGACUCAGCAGAUGACCCACCGGGUGACUCAACACUUGACCGGCACGAGUUACGGCAAAAACAUUAAGCUGUUGAACUCCAUGAUUCAGAGCCACAUUUUUAUGAGCAGCCACCCCAGCGGAAUUGGCCCGGCUGCCGUGAUAGAGUUCUGGGUCCAGGUCCUGAUCAGCCAACAGCUUUGGCACAAGGAGAGAGCCGUCCUUGAACUGAUGGAUGGUCUGUGCCAAGCUGCGUUUCAGUUCAAUCAAGAGGAUUGCGUGCAGAAGUUGCUCUAUCAGCAGCACAAGAAUGCUCUGGGCUAUCACAGUGACAAAGGGUUGCUGUCUUCCUUGGUCAGCUGGAUUGUGGCAGGCAACAUCACACCUUCCUUCAUUGAGGGAAAUGCUAAUUCCAUGCAGGUUUGGUUUGCCUGGAGUGUUCUGAAUAUGGAGUCCAUAUUUGAAGAAGAUUCCCAGCUCCGUAGAGUUGUAGUGAGGGAGUUGGUUACCAAUUCCGUUUCACCAGACCAGGCGCUGAAGAAAGCUCAGGGCCACCUGAAGCUGCCGAUCGUGCCUUCUCUCCAGCGGCUGCUGAUUUACCGAUGGGCUCACCAAGCUCUAAGCACUCCAGUGGAUCACCCUCUCCUUCCCCUCAUUUGCCAGAAAUUCUUCCUCCUCUAUUUGCAGCGCCCGGGAUUGCAGGAUGGGCUACCCAAAGACGGCUGCAUCGGGAAGAGGUUUUUCCAGAGUCCUGCUCACCUCAGCCUGUUAAACGACCUGAAGCAGCAUCUGAUUGAGGCCACUGACUUCCACCAUUCAGCUAGCAAAAUGCUCCAGUUGGACAGCCCAGCAGGUGGAAGCGAAAAACCAACAGCAAAAGGGUUCAACAAGACCAAUUAUUUGACUUUUCUAGAGCUUCACAACAACCUGGUCAGGCUUUUUUCCACAUUUGUUCUGUGGCUGGAAGAGGAACGGUUUCAGAAAGGGGACAUGUAUAUUCCCUCUUUGCCCAAGCAAUACGAUGGACAUCGGCUCGCCAAGAUCAUGCAGAACCAGCAGGAUCUCUGGAUGGAAUUUGUCAACGUUCAGCAGAUUCAGCGUGAAUUCCAGGAAGCCUUAGACCUCUGGUUCCGAGUCAGAGUGGGACCCCUUCCUGCCUCCAGUGCUUCUCCAGUGCAGACAGACUUCACGGAUCCUUUGUUAGCUAAGGAGAGGAUUAUCAGCAGCUUGAAGAAGUACGAUGCGCCCCAGCCCCUUCUGUCUCUUCAGCCAAUGAAAGCUCCUGUGCCUGUCAUUUCUCCUGCUAGCUUGGUAAACCAGCACGAAGCCAAAGAAUUGACUUGCACUAACCUCAGGGUCUUUCAACAGCAUGCUAAACUGGCGGCACUUCGGGAAUCCCAGCAAGUGGCUUUCAGUAGCGAAAUCCUGGACACUCUGCCAAAACUUUAUACCAACCGAGAAGAACAGGUUACUCUUCACCUGGAAUGUCGGGGUGGAUCUGGUAAAAGUUGCCACGGAGCGGCUCAUGUCACAAUCCAGUUCGAGGGCAAACACAAAAAUGAAGCCGUCAGCCAGCAACUGCACAUUUUGGAGAAAGAAACGAAGCACCUGCAGGCAGAAGCUGCUCAGAUGCCUCCGCUGACUGUCGUAGGAGCCGCGGUCUACGUGGAGAACUUCAUAACAGAUUUAAUAAAUAUCUAUAAGCUUCAGCCGACACCAAGGAUUCAACGAAUUGGCAUUAGCCUGUUCUUUGCAGUGGUGGAAUACGUGUGCGAUGAAACACAGCGUCAUCCCCCAUCCAGACAGUUCUUCACUUCCUGUAUCGAGGUCCUUGGCCAGGUGUUUAUUGCCGGGACCAAGUCUGAAUGUCAGCGGGUUCUACAAACCAUUCUGAAGAACCGGAGACUUUGCACACUACUCUCCCCUUAUUUCACUCCUGUGGCCUCUCCGGAGGAAUUUGUCAACUUGUACUCGAAAGUUGUGGCUUUCCUGGGUGACGACAACAGCGAUGUCAUUUUCAUGCUUCUGACGAAGUUUGACCUCCUGGAAUGGUUGCAGAGUUCAAAACCCAGCCUUUCGGAACGUGGACAGCUCUUGGAGUCCAUCCACAUGGGACUCAAGACCUGUGGCUUUGAGCCUGAGAAGGAUGUCUUAAUGCCUUUUUCCAUCUUCUGCAAACACGGGGUUUGCCUCCUCCAGUAUCAGUUUCCUGACCACUACAGUAGUUUUUUGAGGCUCCUUCUUCAAAGUUCUUCAGAUCGGCUCCUGAGCCCUGACUGUUGGAAAGCAUCUCUAAAAGCUCUGGGCUGCCCUACAUCCACCGCAGCAAAAGAAAACAGUAAGAAAUCGAUGGCUAACUCAAACAUCCCAAUGCAGCCGUCAGUGGAGCCAAUUUUAUCGCCUGAACAGGUCACGGAAACCAUAGAGUGGCUUUCCGACUACUUCCUCAAACUCCGGUUGUCCUCUGAAGACUAUCAAAGCUUUGGAUUAUUUUCCAAGUGGGCCCCUUACAUCGCUCAUGUCCGACGUCUCAUGCAGUAUCUGAUCCACCGUCUAAUUGACUCGAGAAUGGAGAGUUUAUCGCGGGAGCCCGUAGGCAGCAACAGGGUAUUUGAAGCUUUGCAUUCUCUGUUUUUAACUACCAUUCAACUCUUCAAGCCAUGGCUUGAGGUUUUAGAGGAGGAAGACACGAGCAAACAGCGCUGCUAUCCAUGGCUGGAAAGUGACUCCUCCAUUGCAUCAACGAUGGUGGAAUUGUUUGCAUCCAGCGUAGCCGUUUUACACACAGGUUUUAAAGAUAAGGUGCUGCCAAGCGACCCCGGAAUCCUUUGGCUUCUGGUGAUGCAUUAUUGUGAGUCGUACACAGCACCCAAAAUGCCGGAGCACAUCCUUCACCUAUUCCACACGGAAUUGGGCCGCCUGCCGUGGAAGGAAGUUUAUCCGGAUCAGCUCCUCAUGGAGAAAUUCUUCCAGGUAGAAAGAGGCAGCCCCAAGAGUUGUUUCCUGUUCCUGGGCUCCGUGCUGUGUGAGAUCAACUGGGUCAGUGUCUUGGCCGACGCCUGGGAUCCCACCCCACCCCCGGACACCCACAGCCUGAUCGUGUGCCUACUCUAUAUGGUGAUCCUGCUGGCCAAAGAGGAAGAACUGAUCACCAAAGAGCAAUCUCCGCUGCUCAACCUCCUGGGCCAGACCAGCUCCCUUCCCUGGCAGCACAUCAGCAUCGUGUCCUAUCGGAGCAUCCUGGGUUACUUCAACAGCCACUACCCCCCCGCCAUCCUUCUGGCCAAGGAACCGGCCGCUGAACUGGUGGUGAAGCUCUUGAAGGUGUCUGCCGGCUUCAGCACCUCUUUGGACAGCAGUGGGCACCUUGAUGCCAGCCUCAAGUGCCAAGCCUUCAUUCGGCAAGUUGUCCGCUUCCUUGGUCUUCUGGAACAAAAUGGGACAAUUUCUUCAGCAGCCCUGGAGCAGGAAUUCUCAAAACUGCUGGAUGAUAUUGCCAUCUUCAAUCCCCCAGGCGCCGAUGUCCAGGUUCGCAAUGUGUCCUUAACCAGCCUCUUUGCCGAAGCCCUGAUGGUGAUCAACAACGCCAGUGCCUCCUCGGCAGAAUCUCUCCUGGUUUGCCUGUGCCGCUGGAUUGAUGGCACAAUGCGUGGCUUAGGGGUGAUGCCCCUCUUAAGAGCCUCUUGUCAGAGUUUGGCCUCUGUCCGUCACAUGGCCAUGACGAUGGAGGCCUGUGUCGCUGCCUACUUUAACGAAGACCCUCCUCUCAACCAAGAUUUGGGCUGGGGACCAAUCGUGGCCUCCUUGCAGGUUCCAGAACUCGCAGCCGAAGACUUCCUUCAAGAGUCCCUUUCGUUGGGAGGCUACCUAACCCUGCAUGUUUACACCCUGCAGCAGCUGAAGGUUGAGCGGACACUAACCAACGAAAUGAGAGUGCUCUUAACUCUAAGCAAGUGGUUGGAACAGGUGUAUCCCAGCUCUGCCAAGGAUGAAGCCAAGCUGUUCCUUUGGUGGCACAAAAUCCUGCAGCUCUGCCUGCUCCAAGCCGAACAGGAAGAUCCCAUCUUGAUGGAAUCGGUCAUCCGGGUCUUGACAGCUCUGCAAGGCCGCCAGAGUCUGCUGGCCGAAGAGAGGCUCACCUCUGGACUCCUCGGCGCUAUUGGGCUGGGCAGGAAGUCUCCUUUAUCAAACAGGUUCCGCGUCCUUGCCCGGAGCAUGUCCACUUUCCUGCUAGUGCAGGUUCCGGUAGAGAAUCAAAUUCGGCUGAGAUCCGGCCGGGAAUUGCAAUUGUCUUCCAAAGCUCAACAGGCUCUCAACGCUCUGGACUCCCUGGCGUCGAACAAACAAUACGUGGAAUACCAAGGACAGAUCCUGCAAGCCUCCCAGUUCAUCAGAGACUCUCACCAUUGCUUACACGACGGGACUCACCUGCUGGCUAUUCUCCUCAACACUUUGUACGCGGAAGUGCGUUACUUGGACGCGAUACGAUAACAGGAAGCAAGCCGGAAAGGUUGCUUCUUGCUCUAAUCAUGGAUUAUGUUCAGUUUACAGUCGGAGAUAAUGUUGCACAAGGGGUUGGCACACCCCGGGGGUUUUGCUGGUCGUGGGAGACAAAAGGAAGGACAGAGAAAGGAAGGAAGGAUGGAAGGGAAAGUUUGAAUUCCUGUCGCCGUAUUUUGAAAGCGAUUAGGAAGCCCUUGGCUUCCUUCCACAAGGCCAACCACGGGCCGUUUCCUUGGGAUCUGUUCAGGGGAGCCACUUUCGGUGCGUCAAGAAACGGCCUACAGUUUGCUUUGUUUCAAGACCAACCGUGUCCAUUUUCUAUUUUCUUUUUUGCUCACGCUUUUUCAAAUUUUGCUCUUGUGCCAUAUUCUUCUUCGUCGCUUUCUUCCUCCUCUUCUUUUGAACGUUAGCCCUGUUUCCAUCUCAAAAUGCUGGAUGGUCCUUUGACUCCCUGCUCCUCCUUAAUUUGUUUCCGGUUCUUCCCCUGAAGUGAAUUCCUGCCCUGGUUAUGGGAUGUUAAAAAUAGGUCUCAUCUGUGAAUUAAACUGGAGACUGGAUCUGGUGGUUUUUUGUUUUUUUGGGUGGUUUUUUUUUUGGCCCUGUCUACAAUGCUGGAUUUAUCUGUGGAAGGAUAUUAAGAAGGGAGACCCGCGUGUGAAGUUUGCACAGUUGAUUCUACUUGGAAUAAAUCACUCGUUUUCCCGAUGACUCACUCACCCUGAAGUCCAACGAGCCACGAUGUUUGCACGAGCGUGGGGAAUGUAUAAUUGGAUUAAUUAUUGGGGGUGGGGUGGGGUGUUGACCUUAAAAUAAUUUAAUUUAGAAUGAUAUAGAUUUCUUGCAACAGAUACCUUUUGGGGGCAAAAUAGCCAGUAUCGCAGGAUUCUCGUUGCCUCGGGCUGGUGGCUUGAGUCUUCAAAUAUGCCACCGUCUCAAAUUGUUUUUGUUUCUUCCUGCAAUCUGACAAAACUAAUGUGCAUUAAACCCAACGUUAUUCUCACUUCCAAUAAGCUAGGGCAGGGGUGUCAAACUCAAUUGUAUUGAGGGCUGCGUCACGGUUGUGUUUGACUUCUGGGGCCUUGGGUGGGUGUGGCCGGAAUGGGCGUGGCCAGCUCGACGUCACUCAUAUCAGGGCACCGUUGGCGGCCUGAGCAUUCCGCCAGCGAAAACAGAUUCCCGAGCUCCGUUUUCGGCUGCCAUGACCUCCUGCAAUCUUCUGCCAGCGAAAAUUGAGCUAAGGAGGGACUCGCGCAACCCUCACGAGCUCCGUUUUUGCUGGAAGAAGCACCACGGGCCAGUCCGCUGUUUCCAGGGUGGCCUUGCGGGCCAGAUCUAAAUACCCCGCGGGCUGGAUCCGGCCCCCAGGCCUUGAAUUUGAUACCCCUGAGCUAGGACGACUGUGGCUAGAGACACAGACAAAAGACACGUCUUUUACUCUAUGCUGUAAGCAGGUUCUUACAAGAAAUUUACAAGUUGGGUGUUUGUAGUUGUCAUAGGAAUAGAGGCUCCACGAGACAAAAUACACCUCUUUCUAUUUUGCUCCAGAACACAUCCAAAACUAACACUCAAAAUACAUUUUUCUCUCCUCUGAGCACAUCUGGAAUCACCGGUUUAUUUUAAUAACUACCAGCCACACUUCACACACUCCCUUAAAAGUGACCUACCAUUUACCGUAUUUUUCAGACUAUAAGACGCACUUUUUUGUCUCCCAAAAGGGGGUGAAAAUGUCUGUGCGUCUUAUAGACCAAAUAUCACUGAAGCUCCGCCUACCCGCCGGCCGUUUUUUGGCCUCCACAUGCCCCGUUUUUGGGCCUUUUUUUUUGGCCUGUUUUGGGGGUUUUUUCCAGCCCAUUUUUGAGGCUUUUUUCGGCCCAUUUUCAAAGCUUUUUUGGUCAGUUUUCAAGGCUUUUUUCAGCCCAUUUUUGAGGCUUUUUUCAGCCUGUUUUUGAGGCUUUUUUCAGCCUGUUUUUGAGGCUUUUUUUGGUCCGUUCUUUUUGGAAAAAGCCUGAAAAACGGGCUGAAAAAAGUCUUGAAAAGGGCCAAAAAAAGGGCCAAAAAUGGGGCAUGCGGGGGCAAAAAAACACAUUUGUUCUUGUUUUCCUCUUCUAAAUUUAGGUCAAGUGCGUCUCAUAGUCCAAAAAUUACGGUAACUGUUGCAGAGGCUUCAUUUUGUGACGGGAGCCUUCAAGUAUUGGCAUCCAACAUGAACAGAAGCAAAGGUGCUGCUUUGCUUACAGCUGCCCAUUUGCUCGCUGUGUGCUGGCAUUUCACCCGCGUGCGUCAAAUGAUCUGCGCAGUUGCUAGCUCAGGGCGUCUUCACCUCCCCCCUUUCUAAUUUAUUUAUUUAUUUAUUUAUUAAAUUUUUAUACCGCCCUUCUCCCAAAGGACUCAGGGCGGUGUACAGCCAAAAAUAAAACACAAUACAUAUACAAUUAAAACCAACAUUUAAAACAUAGCAGAUUAUAAAAGGCUGAUAAUUAAAAAUUUAGAUUUUAAAUGAUUUAAAACGCCUUUUCCUUUCGGCGCUCAUCAGUAAAAUGCAGAGCCCGUUUCCUUUUUUUUAAAAAAAAAAAAGGUAAUUGCGUUUUCACACCUCUGCUCUCCACUUAGCUAGUGGAGUGUGUUUUCUGCCUAACAGCCCUUCCUGAUUCAUCUGCAUCUUACGCCGCGGAGUUAGCGAUUUGCCUUUCAGCUAAUCAUUGCAAAAUUAGUCUCUUUUCUCUUCUUCCCGCCUUGCCAAAUUAUGCAGAUCGGUGUGUGUGGUUGUUUUUUGCCAUCGUUAUCUUGAAAAAGGAGGAGAGGUAGAUUGCAGAUGGAGAUGCUAACGCUUGUCCCUUUGGUAGGUUGAUCAAAAAACAGUUAAUGCGAAUAGAGGGGGCUGGGAGAAAACAUGUUUAAUGUUUCCGUGUUUAAAAAAGUUUUAUUUUAACAUUCUUAUCCAAUAACAUAUCCGGUCACCACCCCCUUCCUUUUACUCUCCUUCUCUACCUUCUUCUACUUUCCACAACCAUCCUCCCCCUCUCUUAUCUACAUCCUCUCCUCCUUCCUCCCUACUCCUUUCUUCUCCCUUUUCUACCCCUCUUCCUUCCUUUCCUCCUCCUCCUCUUCUCUUUCCUCCUUCUCUCUUCUACUUCCUUCUUUCCCAUCAUUCUGAAAUGGUAGCCAGGCAGCUCCGAUCUUACAUUAAUUAUACAUCUUCAAUCAUCUUUGUACAUUAACUAUCAAUCCAUUUUCUACCCUCAUCCCCCCUCCCCCUCCCUUCCCCUUCCUCCCCCCACCCCCCCGGGACUUCCGAGAAAUGUUUAAUGUUUCCAAGGAUCUUUGUACAGAUAUCACAAGUGUGUGUGUGCGCGUGUGAGGAAACCAGACUUUUCUUUUGGAGGUGCACAAAACCGUCUUCCCUAAUGUUUCUUUUUGGCACAGCGGAAACGAUUCAAAGAACACAUUUGUGGAGGUACAAACAUGCGUGUGACGUGCGUGUGUGAGAAUUGGGGGGCUAUGGUUUGCACAGAAAGCGUGUUUAAAAUAGUCACGCCUUGCCUGGAUCACGUGAAAUAAAGAGAAAUUACUGGCUUGAA